GGUCAUAAACCCUAAAACCCUAAUUGCAUAACACAGCCGCACCACACUUUAUACCGUUUCCCUCUCCUCCUCCUCCUCCUUCUUCUUCUUCCACCACGCACCCAAUCAUAGUUUUCACAAAAUCAUCAAACUUAGUAAUCGUUUGAUAAAAUGCUUCUUCUAUUUGAAACCGCUGCAGGUUAUGCAAUUUUCAAAGUUCUCAAUGAAGGAAAGCUUUCAAAAGUUGAGGAUUUACAGAACGAGUUUUCUAGUUCAGAUUCUGCUAGAAAGAUUGUCAAGUUGAAGGCAUUUUCCAAAUUUGAGAAUAUUUCUGAAGCUACAGAAGCAGCUUCUUUACUGGUUGAUAGUAAAGCUAGCAAGGGUUUGCGAAAGUUUCUACGUGUUAAUUGCGAAAAUGAAAUGUUAGGUGUAGCCGAUUCAAAGCUCGGGAGUAUGAUUAAGGAUAAGUUGAAAAUCGAAUGUGUUCAUAACAAUGUUGUUAUGGAGUUGAUGAGAGGUGUUAGAUAUCAAUUGAAUGAACUCAUAGCUGGUUUGGCUGUUCAAGACCUGGCUCCUAUGAGCUUGGGUUUGUCUCAUAGCUUAUCGAGAUUCAAACUCAAGUUUAGCUCUGAUAAGGUCGACACUAUGAUUGUCCAAGCUAUCGGUUUACUUGAUGAUCUUGAUAAAGAGUUGAACACAUAUGCCAUGAGGGUCCGUGAAUGGUACGGUUGGCAUUUUCCAGAACUUACCAAAAUCAUACUGGACAACAUCCAAUAUGCAAGAGCAGCCAAGUUGAUGGGUGAUCGCAUCAAUGCUGCAAAGCUUGAUUUCUCUGAGUUUUUGUCUGAGGAGGUUGAGGCACAGUUGAAGGAAGCAUCAGUGAUAUCUAUGGGAACCGAAAUUGGUGAGCUUGAUUUGGCAAAUAUUAGAGAGCUUUGUGAUCAGGUUUUGUCCCUUUCAGAAUACAGGGCCACACUCUAUGAUUAUCUCAAGAGUAGGAUGAACACCAUUGCACCCAAUUUGACUGUUAUGGUUGGGGAGCUUGUUGGUGCUCGCCUCAUUGCCCAUGCGGGUAGCUUAUUAAAUCUUGCAAAGCAGCCUGCUAGCACUGUCCAGAUUCUUGGUGCUGAGAAGGCUCUCUUUAGGGCUUUGAAGACUAAGCAUGCUACUCCAAAGUACGGUCUCAUAUACCAUGCAUCCUUAAUUGGUCAGGCAGCUCAAAAGGUGAAGGGGAAAAUGUCCCGGUCACUUUCUGCAAAAACUGCUUUGGCUAUCAGGUGUGAUGCACUGGGAGAGGGGCUAGAUAACACCAUGUCAUUGGACAACAGAGCCAAGCUUGAAGCACGAUUAAGGGGGCUUGAAGGCAAAGAAUUAGGUCGCUUUGCCGGUUCUGCUAAAGGAAAGCCCAAGAUAGAAGCAUAUGACAAGGAUAGAAAGAACGGAGGACUAAUAACACCGGCUAAGACAUAUAAUGCUGCAGCUGAUUCAAUUAUUGAACCAAAGUCCAAUUCUGCAAUGGAUGAAGAUACACCAGAGCCUCCCAGUGCUGACAAAAAGAAAGAAAAGAAGUUGAAGAAAGAGAAGAAAGAAAAGAAGAAAAAGGAAAAGGAGGUUGUUGUCGAGGAACCCGAACCGGAAGUUGUGAAAAAAGAUAAGAAGAAGAAAAAGAAGGAAUCUACUGAGAAUGCAGAGGUGCAGAAUGGAGACAAUGAGAAUGGAGGAGAGAAGAAGAAAAAGAGGAAGCAUGCAGAGGAGGAAGACUCUGCUGAUAUCCCGAGCAAAAAGAAAGAAAAAAAGAAGAAAAGAGAUGUCUAAAGCAGAGUAUGUAUAGUCAUCGGCUAAUCAAUUUGGUGACUGGUAACCAUUUUUGUAUACUUUUGGAGCUCAGCAGUAGUUGUUUUGGUGCUAAUAUUUGGUUUUCAUAUUUAUGCAAUUUGUAGGUCUAUGAAUCCUUAUUUAUUUAAUGGGAUAAUUUUUGUGUUUCUUGACUUCAGUGGUUGAUAUGGUGCAAUUAAUUAUGUUUGUGAA